GUGCGGCUGUGUGCCAGCGACCGCCCCACAUGGCUGCGGGUGGAGGCAGCACGUCAGCUCGCUCACCUCACUGAGUUCAGUCAUGACCUGCAGAGCACAGCGGCCAUCACCGACCAUCUCGUCACCACACUCAAAGAGUUCCUCUCCCAUGUGCCGCAGGAGGAUGAAUCUCUUCCUAAACCAGAGUAUCUCAGUCCUAGCUCUUGCGGACAAUUUGACGAGCCAGAGCUGUACUCUGACCUGAUGUGUGAGGCUGCCCUUCUUGUCUACGCCUCACUGGCCGCCAACAACGAAGCCGUACGUCAGAAGAUCGUCAAGGGUCACGGCCUCAUCGAGUGCAUCAACGAGAAACUCGAGUCUGGCUCUCCUGCCCUCAAGCUCGCCGCCGCCCGCUGCCUACACUCCCUCACACGCUCCGUCUACACUCUGCGCACCACUUUCCAGGAUAACCCCGUAUGGAAAUUCCUGGUGGCCAUUCUACAGGACCUGACAGCUGAUGACGAACUCAAAGUAUCCGCAUUGUGCGCGAUAACAAACUUGGCGUUGGAGUUCAGUCUCUGUAAGGAGCAUUUAAUGAACUCUGGUAUCAUAGGAAUACUGGCUAACUUCACUAGAAGUGAUAACUACGACCUCAAGUUUAAUGCGUUAUGGGGCCUCAUGAACGUCUCCUUUCAAGCUGACCUUUCUGUGAAGGAAAAGAUACUGCAACAUCUGUCGGUAGAUGCAAUGUUCAAUUUGGUUUCCACAAACGAUAAGGAGCUCAUCUGCAAGACCCUGGGCCUCUUACGCAACCUGCUGAGCCCCAAGCAAGACAUCGACACCAUCAUGCGCACCAACAGCAACGCUGUCCUCCAGAUCGUGAUCUGGCUGCUGGAGGGCGACCUCACUCCUGACGUGAAGGAGCAGGCGCUGUGCGUCCUCGCCAACAUCGCUAACGGCGAGCAAUCCAAGGAAGUUCUUAUCGGCAACGAUGACAUUCUCAAGAAACUCUUCAAUUACAUGCGGCUGCAGACGCCGGCACUGCAGAUGGCAGCGACGAUGUGUGUAGGGAAUCUUGCAGACACUGCGGAUCCCAACCCCCUGGACCGCCAGCUUCGUCUGCGAGAGGCGCGCAUUGAAAAGGCAUUGGAAGGACUCCUGUCUACCAACCACGCCUCGCUUUUUGACAAGGUAAAAUAUGCUCUAGACAUGUUCAAAUUCAUCGGAGCGGCGUCCUCCACGGUGACCAUGGCCACGAUGGCCACGAUCACGACCAGCACGGCCUCCGUGGGCAGCUCGGCGAGCAACGGUAGCUCGUCAGCCUCGUCCACCCCGGGACCUAACUGGCGGAGUGCGGACCAGGGGCCCUGAAACGUUCCUUUCUCGAUGCUUCCUCGCCGCCUUCACGUGCUGUUGCUGUCCAGCCAAGCGCCAUCACUAAAUCCAGCGGAAUAUCGAAUACAAAUUGAAUUUCUUAAUUCAUAUGCUUCCUCGUCCUCCUAUCUCGAUUGCGACAAGCACAAAUUAGUUCUUUGCUCAAUCCCAAUCAUAUGCUAGGUCUGCCUUGCCUAAACUGCUAAAUACAACAGCGCUACGUCUGGUUGAGAAGAGACAUUAAGUAAUUUCCUACUUGUUAUUUCAUAGGCGUUUAUGCAAUGAAAAACUUGACGUUGUACUUGACAUAUUUUCUGUCUAUAUUUGUGAAACUGCUCUUAUUAGUCCAUAUUCAAGUCUCGGCCGCUCCUAAUUUCAUAAGGUUUUCUUAUUUAUAUUAUGUUGUAUACUUCGUGUAACACUUAUUGGGAUAUUGUUUAAAUUUAUUCUUGCUACUUCAAAAUUUAUGGCUUAAAAUAGUAAUUUCUAUUAAGUUGUAAUUGUUUUAAGUCAAAUUUCCCUCAUGCAGGUUGUGAGAGGAGCCAACUGUUUCUCAAGCUUUUCUUCUUGACGAGUUUAGACUUCGCUUACAAUGCUCAUCCUGAUGCCGUUUAUGUAUCAUUUUUUACAUUUACGUUAUUCAUUCUAUUGUAGCAUAUAUCAAUCAUUAAGUUUGAACAUUACUCCUAUCACUAGAACGAAUACUUACUAGUGCUGGUACCAACUGAAGUUGCCAGCUGAUCUUUCCUAGACGGUAGCCAAAGGAUGUCAUCUGUGUAUCCAACGACCCUAGACUGUCUCGGCCCAUUAUUGUUUAGGUCUCCUAUUCUUCCGUCAUCUACUCCUGCUAUAUAUCUUUCUUCACAUUUUUUACUCAUCAGAAGUAGAUCGAUGUUGUACGUAUUAAACUUUAGGGUUAUGCGUAAUUUUAUGUGUGACGUCUCUGCAUUGUAUUCUUGGUAUGUGUUGGGGCACAUUGGCUUUUGUAAAUGUGUUGCAUUAUCUUCCCAUUGACUAAUUACGAACUAUAGCAGUUUUUUCGAAAUGUUUUGUGGUGUCCUAACCGUCUCUCCAUCGUAAGGCCGUAGGAGUCAGAAGGCAACUGCAAGCCAGUCGUUGUAAUGUUUUCUCAUUUCUCUGCAUUUUUCAAGCGUCGUUCGUCCUUUUAUUCAUCACAGCUUUGUGUUGUUUUUCAAUACUAAUCCACUAAAGGUCAGCUAACCUGCCAUUUUCUAUCAUCGCCGCGAUAAUUGCUCAUUUAUCAAAAUUUGGAUACUGAUCUCUUAUAGAUACCAAUCUAUAAUUUCUCAGUACUAAUCUCAUGUUUCAGUUCAGGCAGACUUGAUCCAGUUACGCAAAUCUGGUUCAACGCAAUUGCGCAUUGUUCACUUUUUCUAUCUUGUUUUUUUUUUAUUACUGCAUUGCAUAUCUUAUUUAUAUUAGCUGUAAUAAUAAUGAUCUGAAUUGCAGCACUUCUCCUUCAGUGUGAUUAUUUUCUCAUAACAAUUUGCGUGUAGGGAAAAAACGAUUAUUUAUUGAAGUGUACGAAUAAAACCUUAUAUAAUGUUUGUCCUGUCAUAUUUUUGGAGAAUGAUGCAAGUAAAAAAGUUCAAUAGAUUGUUAGUUGCAAGUGUAGAUCCAUCAAAUUAUAACCAGCAAUUAACGCAAACCUACGAUAUUUCUCCUUCCUUAUGUGAUCGGUAUGUGAUGAAAAAUCUAAAUACAAUUUUAACCUCUUGCUUCGUAAAAUUGUAAGUGAUUUUAUCAUCUCUGAAGAUGUGAACUAUUCUUAGAUCAGCAGCAUUUUUUCAGCGCUAUUGCUGUUGAAUAUCUUCAAUGGAAUUACGAGUGAAUUUAAUGAACAUGAUGGAGCUCGAAGAGUUGUGUUCGCAACAGUAAAAACUGUGUCUCUGUCAUUUGUUUUUAUACUCGCAUCUCUGUGGGUUGAGUAAAGUAUUUGUACUGUAUUUUAUGACGAAUAAAUGAAGUGCAUGAUGCAAGUGCUAUUUUAUAACAGUACUUAGGCUUAGUUCCAUGACUCUGGGUAUCGUACUUACGAAAUGCUCAGUGACGCUGGCCACGCGUCCUGUACAUAGAGAAGAGGAGCUGAGAUGAGAUCUUGUGCUCUAGUUUUAACGUUGGUUUAUUGAGUGGCAAGUUGUGGCGCUUGUCUUGAUGUAUCGAAGCGUUAGGACUUUGGCUUCUGCUUUCAAUAAUUACGUGUGGGUUGAAUCUCUCUUCUUCUCCGCCUUAUAUAAAUUUUUAUUAACGAA